CGCGGCGUGUGACCGCCGAGGCUGCGGCGGCUGGAACAGGUGAGCGGCCGCCGGGCGCUGGGUCCCCGCCCUUCCCUGGGAGCGACUCCCCUUACCGACCCUCGCCGGCGCUUAGCCGUUACGCGGCUUCCCCUCGGUUUGGGGUUUUGCCACUGGCAGCUGGUUUUUUUCCCCUUUCCUGUUUCUGUCUCUCCUUCUUCUUUUAGGUUGCUCCACCCCGCCCAGGAUCAGGCCAGGGGGAACCGGCCGCACCGCGGUUGCCAACUCGCGCAGGGCGCUUUGGCGAAGUCCCGGAGUGGAGUCCCGCGUCCCGCCUCCUCCCUGCGGGGCGCGCUCUCCUUGCUCCCCCCCGCAACCCUUCCCCACUUUUCCCCCCUUUUGCAAUCACAUGGCAUUUUAAGAAUGCCGGAAAGAUGGCGGUAGCGGCGGCGGCGGCAGCGGCGGCCGGGCCGGCCGGCGGGGGAGGCGGCCGAGCGCAGCGGAGCGGGCUGCUGGAAGUUUUGGUGCGGGAUCGCUGGCACAAAGUUCUGGUGAACUUGAGCGAGGACGCCCUGGUUCUGAGCUGCGAGGAGGGCGCUGCGGGGUACAACGGCAUCGGGACCGCCACCAAUGGCUCGUUCUGCAGGGGCGCCGGCGCGGGGCACCCGGGAGCGGGCGGCGCUCAGCCCCCGGACUCGCCCGCCGGGGUCCGCACCGCCUUCACCGACCUGCCCGAGCAGGUGCCCGAGUCCAUCUCGAACCAGAAGCGCGGCGUGAAGGUGCUGAAGCAGGAGCUGGGCGGGCUGGGCAUCAGCAUCAAGGGGGGCAAGGAGAACAAGAUGCCCAUCCUCAUCAGCAAGAUCUUCAAGGGGCUGGCGGCGGACCAAACGCAAGCCCUGUACGUAGGGGACGCCAUCCUGUCCGUAAACGGGGCCGACCUGCGGGACGCCACCCACGACGAGGCGGUGCAGGCGCUGAAGCGCGCUGGCAAGGAAGUGCUGCUGGAAGUGAAGUAUAUGCGGGAAGCCACACCCUACGUGAAGAAAGGCUCCCCAGUAUCCGAGAUCGGGUGGGAAACACCUCCGCCAGAAUCCCCUCGGUUAGGCGGCGGGUCCUCAGAUCCUCUGUCAUCGCAGUCCUUCUCCUUCCAUAGAGACCGGAAAAGCAUCCCUCUCAAGAUGUGCUUCAUCACUCGGAGCAUGGCCUUGGCUGACCCUGAGAACAGGCAGCUUGAAAUCCACUCUCCAGAUGCUAAGCACACGGUGAUCCUGAGAAGCAAGGACUCAGCCACUGCCCAGGCCUGGUUCACUGCCAUCCAUUGCAACGUCAGUGACCUGCUCACCCGAGUGAUCACCGAGGUCCGAGAGCAGCUGGGGAAGACGGGCAUUGCUGGGAGCCGGGAAAUCAGGCAUCUUGGCUGGCUUGCAGAAAAGGUGCCCGGGGACAGCGAGAAACAGUGGAAGCCAGCCCUGGUUGUGCUGACUGAGAAGGACCUUCUAAUUUAUGACAACAUGCCACGGAGGAAGGAAGCCUGGUUCAGCCCAGUUCACACGUACCCUCUUCUUGCCACCAGGCUGGUCCAUUCAGGUCCAGGGAAAGGCUCACCCCAGGCUGGUGUAGAUCUGUCCUUUGCAACACGAACUGGUACCAGGCAGGGUAUUGAAACGCAUCUCUUCAGGGCUGAGAUCAGCAGGGACCUCUCACAUUGGACAAGGAGCAUAGUACAGGGGUGCCAUAACUCAGCUGAACUCACUAUUGAAGUCACCACAGCUUGCACCUAUAAAAACCAGGAGUGCCGGUUGACCGUACAUUAUGAGAAUGGAUUUUCUAUUACCACUGAACCACAGGAGGGUGUCUUUCCCAAGACAAUCAUACAGGCUCCUUAUGAAAAGCUGAAAAUGUCUUCAGAUGAUGGAAUCAGAAUGCUGUAUUUAGACUUUGGAGGCAAAGAUGGAGAGCUUCAACUGGACCUUCAUUCCUGCCCCAAGCCGAUUGUUUUCAUCAUUCAUUCCUUCCUGUCAGCUAAGAUUACAAGGCUGGGGUUGGUGGCCUGAACAGAGGAGCGAAUUGCCUUUGAGAAAAGGAGGGCUGCGAUGCCACCGAAAAGUGUCGUAUCAGACACCAUUUGCAGUGAUGCACCAGAUGUAGCAUGCCACUGUCAGCUUUAGAUCCCAAGAGUCCUGUGUAACAGUCCCAGACUCCUCCGUCAAUUUCAGCAACUAUAAAGGGUACCUUCAGAAAAAUUCCACAAGGACUAUCAGAAUGAAACUGUUUUUUUUAGAACAGUAAAAGGGUAAAGAGGUGAGGCUGAUUGGAAAUACACAGCAUAGCUUUUAAAUAAUGACAAUCAAGGACAUGAACAUUAGAACAGCAUGUGCAGAUCUUAAUCAUACCAGUUUCUAGGCAACUGGUUCACCCAGGUAAGCAAGGGCUGUAUAGAUGAGAAAUGGACAUUUUUCACCUCUCCCCUCCCCACCCCAGUAAUAAGGACCCCUUGUUUUAUUGUGCUUUAUUUCCUAUUUCUAAUUGAGUUGACUUUUGCUGGUAAGGAAAGAAAAGUACUUCAAAUGGAAACCCACCUUUUAUUUAAGUGUGAAACAGCUGUUACUUUUUCUUAAUGAAUUAUCUUUCAAUGAUGUAGAAUGAUUCUGAAGUGUUCUUAUUAGCAUAUGAUGAGUGGGAAUUAAAUAAAGCAUCAGAUACUGAUCUGAGCUGUAAGCUGGUGGAUUCUGAGCCAAAGUAGACUGCUUAAAUUGCAAAGCUUUGCUGAAGAGUGGUGUGCGUGAAAGAUGAUUAAUUCUGGGACUACACUCAUACCCAAAGUCUGCUAUCUUAGAGCCAUGACUUAUAGCUUUAUUUAUAAAAGCAAAUUAUGGAUUUUUUAAAAAGAUUGUCAAUGGAUAUAUAUAUAUAUAUAUAUAAAAUAAUUCAUGCGGGGUUAACUAAUUUUCCCCAUUUUGUGGUUUUCAGUGGAAGUACUCAGCAAUUUAUUGGCUCUUGUUUCUGCCUGUGCUUGUAUGCAUGCAUUUUCAAGCAAGUAAUAGAGCAGCCUUAUAUGAUUCUGGUUAAUGCUGGGUUUUACAUAGAGAGCCAAUGUUAUAAUCAAACCCAUCAACAGCUCUUUUGGAAUUCCAGGGAAGUAAUAUAAUGACCUGAUAUUUUUCUACAAGAAUAUUUUCAGACAUCGUAUAGCAUAUUACUGAUUUAACACUUUUGCUUUUACCUUUCAAAACAAAUUCACUGAAAACACACCUAUUAUUUGAUUUUAAAGUCACUUUUCUCAAAUCUUGAAAAUUAGCUCUAGAAUUUCUGUAUUUGUAACCGUUCUCUCCCCUAUAGUUUUACAUAGACAAAUGUUUCAGGUUAGGUUUGUGUGUUAUUUUUCAGAACCGUAUUUUAGCAAAUACCUAUGCAAAGAGCUUUAAAAAGUAAAACUGUUUUAAAAGAAUGUGAUUUUGUUCACUCA